UGUGCCGAGCGCAAGCGAUUUAUUACCUACAGGUCUUGUGACUAGCUUCAUUUAAAGUAUUUAUCAACCUUUCUCACAUUAUUUAUACAUGAUCCGUAUUUGUUACGUGUACUAUACCUACAUCUAACUAUAGUAUCAUCUACUACCGUCGGAUGAUGGUACCUACACAAUCUAUGUUGUAAUAUUUAAUCAAGAUAGAAGUACCUAAGUAUACAUAUUAAAAUGUAUACUUUUUAAAGCACGAAAUCUAUCACUUCUCUUCCAUAUCACUCAUCGCCAAGACGGUACAUUAAUUAUAAAAAUAUACGUUUGAAACAUGGAAAACGAAAUCAGUGCAAAAAGUGAAAGUAUAUGUGAAAAAAAACCUGAUGUGAAAAAUGACAAGACUCAAUUUGAAGACGCGCUGAAUAUUAUUGGUGUUGGAAAAUACAACUACAGACUGCUGGCAAUCGGAAUUUACUCCUUGCUGGCGGCUACGGCAGAGAUGUUUACAAUUGGUUUAGUGACCACGGCCGCACAAUGCGAUCUGGACCUCGACGUGGACAAGAAAGGACUGUUGGGCUCUAUACCUAUUUUAGGAGUCGUGGUAAGUGCACACUUCUGGGGUUUCAUAGCUGACACCCGAGGGCGUAGGUACGCACUCAAUAUCAGCACCUCCGCCUGUUGCGUCACAGAACUUCUGGCUGCUUUCUCUACAAGCUGGGUCUACCUAGCUGUGUUCAAGUUCAUAGGGGCGAUUUUUGCAUCCGGAACAAACGCGUUAGUCUUCACACUUAUUGGGGAGACUACAGGUAUACAAAAAAGGCAAACUUACCUCAUGUAUGCUGCCGCAGGGGUCCUUGCUUUCCAAGGUUUGAAUAUCCCUGUGGCUUAUCCAAUAUUAAAUAUGAGCUCAUUCUCAUAUUACAUGCCACUUCUGGACUACUCAUUCCAACCAUGGAGGCUGUACCUUUUGACCAUUGCCCUUAUGAGCGGUAUUAACUUGCUUCUGAUUGUAUUCUUUACACUCGAGAGCCCAAAGUUCUAUUUUGCCAUCGGAGAACAGGAAAUGGGAAUGAAAAUUAUGCAGAAACUUUAUAAAAUUAACACUGGCAAUGCCAUGGAUGAGUACCCGGUAAAAUAUAUCGUUUUAAACGAAGACGAUUACAAGCCGCGACAGAGAAAUUUUUUCCGAUCCAUUUGGGAGCAAACAACGCCGUUGUUUAGCAAAAAGUACAUCAAGAGUACGAUAUUGAUAUUUUUGACGAGUCUGCCGGCGUACUGCGUAUCACCACCACUCUCCAUUUGGUGGCCAUUCAUCAUGAACAGCGUCAGCAAAGCUCAAGAUACCAGCAUAGAGUUUUGCAAAAUCUUUCAAAUGAAUAACACAAAAAGUUUUGAAAAUUCCGUUCUUUACAACAGUUCUGAGAUACCUAAAUGCGACGACACCAUUGCUGAAAUCACAUAUAUAGCCCUCGCAAUGUUCGCUGUCUACCUCGUCAUCUGCUCUCUAGCUACCGUUUUCAUCAUGAAAUACAUCGGGAAGAAAUGGACGUUCGUGAUCAUCCAUUUUAUCUGCACCAUUUUAGGAGUCAUGGUCAACUACAUGAACAUGUAUGGCGGAGUGUUUGCUUUGGGGGCGCUCUCGGUAAAUGUGACGUGUAUGGGGAUUGUAACUACUUAUGCUAUUGAAUUGUUCCCGACAUACAUGAGAGCUAUGGCGGUGUGUCUCACCAUACUCUCCGGUCGAGCAGUUUCUAUAGUCUUCUACAAUAUCAUUGGCGCUCAGCUGCAAAAUAACUGUUCCAAUUUCAUAUUUAUCUUGGCAGGAUUGAUUGCAUUUGGUGGCUUUGUUGGGAUCUUUCUCCCGUCUGAUAGAAUGAAAAAAGAAAACGUCAAAGUAGGGAAGAGCAGAGAUGAAAACGACACAUGCAGUUCUACGUGACGUUCUAGCCUCUAGGCCCUACAACAAGGCGACGAAUCAAGCUUCCGACGACGGUCCCAUGCCCAAUUAAUUUAGUGGCAAACCGCCUACUACACGGUCAGAAAUUAGCAAGAUCACGUUCGUCGGAAGCCUCGUUUCUGACAACAUAAGGCACUUAAUAAGGUGUUUCGAACAUAAAUAGAUUCAGACUUACAUACCUACAGUGAACUUAACACCUGCCCGCAAGGCAUGGUUUGUAUGAUUAAUAAAUAGAAUCACUAAUGUAUACUUUUUUAUAAAUAAAAGUCACUAUAAAAGUUC